UGUGCGUGUGGCGGAGCCUGGAAGUAAACACUUCCGGGUCCGUGGAGUACUUAACCUGAAAGUACCCAACCUGAAGCGUAUUUAACCCGAGGUAUGACUGUAGUGCAUAUGCUGUCUCAUAUGGUUUUAAAUUUUCUUCCUGGAACAGCUGGAGCCCAGGUCAAAUGACUCAAGUUCUACUAACUCAGCAUGAGUAAAUCCGGGAAGCCAUUUAGAGUGCUCACCUGGUUCCACUGCUUCUUGGCCAAUUGUUAUGAGACUGUCAUUGUCACAUAAAAGUGUAUAACAAUGCACCCAGAGAAGCUCUAUGUAAACAGUUUUCUAGUUUUUCCGAGAAGAGUAUGCACUCUUAGUCCAAUAGUCUACAAAUUUUCCUCUCGAUCUCUCUGUGUUCAGAGAGAAAUGUGUGUCUGUGGUUUCAGUAAGGAUUUGGGGAAAAUUCAGUUCAGUUCAUGUUUACAGGUAAACCUACCUAACCUGCAGAUUUUCUGAAAACAUCUGUGAACCGAAAUGCUGCCAAGCAUCCAAAUUUGCCCUUCUCUGAAUUUUGCAAUGCAGUUAUCCAGCCAAGUAAUGUGUACAAAAAUGCAUGUACCGGGAUAAAGUCUGCAUAAAAAUGCAUGCAGUCGUACCUUGGAAGCCGAAUGCCUUGGCACUCAUAAAUUUUGGCUCCCGGGCUCCGCAAACCCGGAAGUGAGUGUUCCAGUUUGUGAACAUUCUUUGGAAGCCGAACAUCCGCUGUGGCUUCCACGGCUUCCGGUUGCGUGCAGGAAGCUCCUGCAGCUAAUCAGAAGCCGUGCCUUGGUUGCUGAACAUUUUGGAAGUCAAACGGACUUCUUGAAUGGAUUCCAUUCGGCUUCCAAGGUAGGACUGUAUAUUGGUAAAAAUCACAUUGCAUUAAAUGCAUUACAUUCAGAAACGUUGCUUUGCAAAAAUGUGCACAUUAGGCAACAUUGCACACAAGCAUGCAUAUAUCAGGAGAAAUCUGCUGAUGAAUUUUCAUGAGGACUUAAAAAAAACAGAUGUGGAAAUGUGAAGAACUGAACUGAAAAUUGGAAAAAUACUGGGAGAACUUAAAAUGGACAGUUUGGCCCACAUCUAGUUUUCAGUUGCCAACAUAGUGACUCUUCUUCCAAGGCAGGCAGCUCAGAACUGAGAAUUCUGGUCCAUCCUACAGAGAUAUUUCCUCAGAGAAGAUUUGUCACUAUAGGUGAACCUAGUUGCUGGGGAAGAGGAAAGACUCCACAGGAAGAGCUGCUGUGGUUCCUAAACAGUUCAUGCACUUCCAUUCAAAAAGGAAGGCUAUCAAUUCUUUACCAAGUAAGACUUCUUUUCCACCAUUGCUCUCAGACCCUCAGCGAGGCCGCUUUUAACAGUGUUGUAAUUGUUGUCAUUCUUAUUCACCCCCUUCACCCCAAGGUCAGGUUACACAAAUUAAAACACACUAGAAACAGUUUAAAACAACUUACAUUCAGAGUGAUUGCUGUUUGCUCUGCCUUUGCUGAUCUCAACUGGGAUACUUUAAAUCUUAAAUUCAAUGUAUUUUACAUGUGCUUUAUAUAAAUUGCUCUUAUGAGAAUUGUUUUUAAAUGUAUUAAGCUAGUAUGGUUACAUUUUAUGCUAGUUUGGUUCCAUGCACCAUCACAUUCCAGGCCAUUCCCCUGGAAAAGUGCAGUAGAAAUAUAAAAUAAAUAAACAGAUGAGGCAGGAAAAUGUAGAGCAAAUGAAGAAGACUAGUGAAUCUUAUUUUAUUUUCAUUUAUUUAUUGGUGAGAUUACUUCACCAGUAACUGUCCAGUUCCUCACCAUCACCACCAGUCUUCCCGCUUGUUCAGUUGUGUGGGUUUUAUCAGACUCAUCAGUACUUUUCUGCCACAACUGUGCCUAAUUUGGGCAACUGCUCUGGGACUCGGGGACAGCACAAAUAGGAAAUGUGAUUGUCAGGGAGACACCAUUUACACAAUUCAAUACAGGAAUUAUCUGAGGGAGAGAGUUUUUGUUUGGAGGUCAUACUCAUUGAACUUGUCUGAAAGGUUUUUUCAGCCAUAAACACAUUAAUCAUCACUGGAUAUUUUAAUGUCAGGCUGCAAAUUAGGCUCCGCCUCCAGUUCCCAAUAACCGUGAGCAGGCCAGUCGCAUGUGGUUAUCUAGUCACAUGCACAAACACCUGAAUUUAAUGCAUACGCUUGAGGCAGAUACAGAACUUUGCCUUUGCAUGCCCAAUUUGGAAGAACUGGUUCUCUUUGUAUGUGUCCCCCACCUCACAUAUGCCCUAAGCCACAUAGUGUUGAAUCACUCAACAGUGAACUAGUAUAUAGAUAUAUUUAUACUUUGUGUGAUUUCAGUGCUCAUGAAAACUGCACCAGUGCAUUUCCUGUGCCAUGAAUCACCAGCCUGCCGUUUUCCUACACUACAGAUCUCCAGUCAAAAUAAUCCCUUUACUCAUCCCAAAUCCUUAAUGUUGCCAGUUUACAGAUGGACAACUGUAGGCUGGGCGAUAAGGACAUGUCCAAACUUCGCAGGCUUCAGCUCUGGCACAUUUGCCCAUUUACAUUUGUUCCCAUUACUCUCUGCAGUGAAAGAAAGCAGCUUCACUUUGUAAGUACAACAGAGUCGGUGGUCUGCGCAAAGGAAAAGGUGAGCUGUUUUAAUCUGUCCUGCCUUUGUGUAAUUUCAUCGAAGUGGGGAGAAGAGUUCUUUGUACCAAAUUGCUUUGUGUUGCAUGUGCAGCAGACUCACCCUAGCACAUGGCACACUUCCUUUCUUGUUUUGUUUGCUUGGAAUCCUUUCUCCACCUGGAAAUCUGUGUCUCUGUGUCACCUUCCUCUUCAUGGAACUGCAUUGCCACCUGGAUAUAAGCUCCUCCCCUGUGCACUCAUAGUAUGAGUUUGGCCACUUGUACCCAGACGACAGGUCCCUCCCAGCAAACACGGUGUGAUGGUGUGGAUUCCCAACACCCAGACCUCAGGCUUCUUCCCAGCCAUGCUCACAGAGAGAGCCUGAUUCACAGCAUCCAGGUAGCACACAGCUUGAAAUCAGAAUUUAGGGAAGGAAGGAGUUCUUAGCAGGACAAUGGCACUGGUGUCCAACAACACAGCAUUAAACUACCUCCUUUCAAAACUGUUAGAAGACUAUGAAAGCAAACCCAGCCUCCCUACAGCUGCACCAGUCGUUGCAACAAAUGACCACCUGGAAGUCAUCUACAUACUCCUAUUGCUUGGCUUCUUUGGCUUCUUCACGUUCGGAAUAAUGAUGAGCUACAUCCGUUCCAAAAAGCUUGAACAUUCAAAUGACCCAUACAAUGUGUACAUUGCCACAGACAUUUGGCGGAAGGAGGACAAGGCCAGCUUGAAAGCCAAGGUGAUGGAAAAUUAUAAAUCAAGCUUUGUCUUGGAAAACCGGCAUGCUGUAGAACAGCCCACCAGUCACAUUCCUGAAGUGAACUCUUCCUAGCAAAUGGGCAGCUAAUCUUACAGGCAUCAUACUGAAUUUUCCAAAACUGUGAAAGUAAGCAGUUUGUGGCUUAUAUUUUUAAAAGAAAAGUACAUCCCCAUUCAGAGCCAGUGUGGUAUAGUGGUUAAGAGCGGUAGACUCGUAAUCUGGGGAACCAGGUUCACGUCUCCGCUCCUCCACAUGCAGCUGCUGGGUGACCUUGGGCUAGUCACACUUCUCUGAAGUCUCUCAGCCUCACUCACCUCGCAGAGUGUUUGUUGUGGGGGAGGAAGGGAAAGGAGAUUGUGAGCCGCUUUGAGACUCCUUUGGGUAGUGAUAAACCGGGAUAUCAAAUCCAAACUACUCCUCCUCUUCUUCUUCUUCUUCUUCUUCGCUGGAUUUAGGUUUGAUGAGGCCCCCUAAGCUACUGAAGAUAACGGGGCCUUAAUAUGUCCAGCUGUCCUUUGUCAACAACAAAUUGUCACUGUUUUUUGUGUUGAAUAUAUGCUAUAGUGUAUGGUUAUUUAUGGACCUAAUAGGUAUCAAAAGCCAUUUACAUAACAAACAUCAUAGGAGCCUACACGAGACAAAACACUGUUGCUGUAUGUAGGUUUUAUUUUAUUUUUAUCUUAUAUUUUGGAAAUGUACAUUCAGAUUUCUUUCCUUAAAAAAUUUUUUUGGGGCCCCCAAGAGAGUGGGGCCCUAAGCUAUAGCUUGUUUAGCUUAUAUGUAAAUCCAGCACUGCCUCUGUUCAACCCCCUUAGCAUAAUGAGAAAAGUGCAUCAGCAGCAUUUAGUAAUCCAGUGCAUUUUGGAAGACUAUUCUGUACUGGCAGGUGGUGCUACCAGCUUGGGAAUCAAGCUGCCGAAGGAGAUAUAUGCUGACUAUAAUCUACUUACACCAUAAGGAAGGAAUCCGGCAAGGAAUUUGGGCAAAGAAGAAGAAAGAAAGAAUUAAGCCUCAUUCCACAAACAUAUCCUUAACACCAACAGGAAAAUUUAACUACAGACCAGAAAUGUUGUUUUGAUUUCACAUGGGGUUAGGUAUUUCCUUCCGACCUACUGUAAACAAGUUACUGGUCCUUAUGGGAUGGAAGAUGACAAGUCAGGUCAAUGUAAUGCUAGGCACAUUAUUUCCUUGUGUGCAACAAGGCACCCCAAACUGGCUGGCUUUUAGCCACUGAUGACUUGGGGAAGGUGUUUACUUUGGUGUAGCAAUUAGAAAUAGCUGCGAGUGACUGUGCCACUUCAAAGCAGGCAGCCGGGUGUGGAGGGGACACAAAGAUACAUUGCUAAUGCUAUGGUGAAGGUGGCCCCCUAGAGCAAAUGAACCUAUGUACAGGUAUUCUGGAAGCCACUGGCUCUACAAAGCAUUUCUUUUCCAUUCUCGAAGCUCUACUUUUUCCUUGCUUUUGUUUUUGAAAGCUUUUUACCAUAAAGCCUUGUCUCUCUACAUUUAAGCAUUGCUUCUUGAAACUGAAUUCUCCCCUGCUAACUUCUUUAGUAUUGGUACUCCCCUCUGUUAAAUUCUAUCUGCAUAUGUGUGACAUAUGUUUAAUUUUGAUACUUUCUUUUCAUUCCUUCAAAGAAACCAUUCUGCAUCCUAGUUCUAAAGUUGUGUCUCUCAAAAUGCAAUGUAUUUAAGUUUAGAACCUAGACAUUGUUGUGUUAAAUCAGCUAGAUAAAUCACAUAGUUCACAUCCAUUCAAAUCAGUGAGAAACUUGCUGUGAAAAUCCAUAGAAUGCAAAUAGCAGAAAAAAGACCUACUACAAAUCAGUGGGUUUUUCCCCAAAUACAUGACACUGAUUCCCAUUAUUAAUUUACACAGCUGCUCUUCUCAAAUAAUGUGUUUUCUCUUCAGUAUUAAUUAUUUCCAUUGAAUGUGCCUGUAAUUUCUGGUUAUUAUAUAACUUUUGUAUUAUUUUAAACCAACGAUUUCUUUUAUUUUUUAAAAAGGAAGAUUAUACCUACAAUUCCUCUAUAGAGGAACACCUCAUUGUAAGGAGGGGCAGUUAAUGUUGUGGUAUGGAGCUAUAUUAUUAGGGUUGCAGGUGACCUGAAAAAAUGGCCCAGACUGUUGUGCUUUUUGCCAGAGUAUGAUUUGCAGAAAACAACAGGUAAACCUUACCUGAUACGGAGGUAAAUAUGAUCACCUUCCAAUGACUACAGAUUAAAAAUGCUAUAAAAGGCACAACUGCUAAAAAUGGCACCUCUAUGUGCCAUAAGUUUAGAGUGUUUUCCAUGCAAUUGUAAUUCCUCUUUAUUAAUGUGUAAAUUUUCUUUAUGAAAUUUAAUAAAGUGUUAAUAACAAAUAUGUAUCACAAUUUUAUCUUGAUAAUAUUCCGCAUCAUGGCAAAGCCAUUCUGAUUAUCUAAAACUAAAGAUUUUAGUGAACAAAAUGCCUAGUUUUUGUUUUGUUAUAAAUCUAUGGUUCAGACUUCUGAUUUUAAUGCUUGUCCAUUCAAAACAUAUUGUUUGUGCAAUUAGUUUGCCAAAGAAAUAGUAUGCUUUUAGGUAUUUGCUCCUUACUCGUACAUGGCACGUAAUGCAGCAAGUGUGGGGAAGGCGAGGAUAAGAGGCCUUUUCUUUUACAAAAAUUCAGUUUAAAAUUAUCAACAUUGAUCAUACUUUGAGUUUGUUCAGGCCAAAUAUACAUUAUACAGGAAAUGGAAUGAAGAGAUAAAGAGAGAUAGGGGCAAGCCAAACCAAGCAGGGUGCUGUUGGUUGCCCAUAAUUACCUUUGCAAUAAUCUUACAAUUUUUUCGAAGGCAUCCAAUCUGAUUUUGGCAUGUUUUGCUAUUCAUUAUAGAAUUGCUCACUAAUCUUGUGUAGCAGAAGCCGUCCAUUCUGUUUGUUUAACUAUAGUAAAAAAAAACCUCACCAAGCAAUGGUUCAUCAUUGAUUUCCAGUAGAAGCUUUUUUGGGAGGACGGGGGGUUAAAUUUGAAUUUUACUGGCACUUUUACAGGAAAUAAAAUAUAUAUCUAGGUACCAAGCGAGUAAUUUACAAACCAAACUCACAGUGUGGUGUAACAGCUAGAUGAAUGGGUUUCAGGUAAUUCAGAUCCUGCUCAAUUUUGAGGCUUAGCCUUAUGGAAGUUAUUGAACAUGGGAUACAAGCCUGAAGUGUAUUGUAAUGCAAUGAGCCUUAUGCUUUUGAUGUGGAGUGUUUCCUGGCCACAAAACUCACCCUGCAAACAUUUGCAGCUCAAAGUAUUAGCAAUGACAUUAGCAUUACUAACCUCAAAAUUUCAUUUCUUACACAUAAACUUGGUUUUGAAAACAUGAGUCAUUAUCAUAUCCGUGCUAUUUUGUUCAUUGCAAUGCUAUGCCAAGAGCUCUGUUUAUCUCUCCAACCAGCCAGCCACACACAGUGAAUGACAGCAGGGAAAAAGUAAACAUAGAAAGAGUGUAAAGUGUUGGUUGACACUGAAUGUAUUUAUAGUAGUGUUGACAUGCCCAAAGUGUAGGGAAAAUGACAUUUGAGUCUAGCAAUGUAGAAUUCUCUGCAGGCAAACACAUCUCUUCAGGUUUGUAAUGUAAGGAUUGGGCUUUAGUUUUGCAGGAGCACCACCUGGUGGUUACAUGAUGGACUAAGGGCUUCAUAUGACAUCAUCACAAUCAACAAAAUGUCCUAAGCCAUUACUGUUGUAACAGGAUGUGAGGCAUAGGAUGUGGACCACACUGCUUCUUGGUACUGUAUUGGAGUCAUAAUGAAUACAUGCUAACCCCUUCCUAUAUUCAUA